AUGAAGUUGAGUUUUCCGGCGACGAUGUUAAUUGGAAUGGUAUUAAUGAUGACGACAUGGAGUAUCAUUAAUAUUAAGGGUGAAAAAGAGUUCAUAUGCAAUACAACGCUGCCGGGGCUGUUGAGUUGUAAGGCGGCGGCAACUCGGCCGCCGCCUCCACCGCCGGCGCCAACAGCCAAUUGCUGCAAGGUACUGUCCUGGGCCAACCUUUCCUGUCUCUGUACUUACAAGAAUUCCUCUGUAUUGGCUGUAAUCGGAAUCGAUCCUCAACUCGCCGUCAAUCUUCCCGGAAAGUGCAAUAUCCCUCAUCCCACCUGCUAA